CCUUCAUUGCUACCAUUAAGCUGUCAACUUCAAAUGGCAUACAUGAAGGCGCUAAAUUCAACUCAAUUCUAUGCUUGUUCUAAACUGGCUCCCUUAUUGCGAAAGUUCUUGCUCCAGUUGAACCCGAAUGCAAAUCAGUCCUCUACGCCGUCGUCGUCGUCGUCGUUACUCAAUCCCCAAAAAAUCCAUUUCGUUGCGUCAGUUCCAUCCGAUCGGCGCGACGAACCACACACCAUGGCUCACCUCAGCAAGUACUUCUACGAAGCGACGGCCGGCAAAACCUGCCGUGACCUUUACCAUCCACAGUACGCAUCCUGUUGGAAGGCACUGGCGGUGAACGUGUGCAGUCUGCUGCCCGGCAGCUACAAGCUGUUCUUCCCCCUGUUGGCGAUUCCUCCACUGGUGAAGGGCGGCGGGUACACGCGUCAGUACUGGCGGGAUCAUACCCUCAGCUAUAGUGAGAUUUCCUUCAAGACGUAUCUGAUCGCGGUGAUGGGACUCAGCAUGCAUUGCUGCAUCUAUCACAUUUUCGGACGCCACAAGUACUACUUCAUGGGAGCAACCGGGUUCAUCAGUGCAACUAUAAUUGCGCCAUUCCUGUCGCAUCCCCAUCUGCGCUUGCAGGGAAUAACCUACUUCAAUAUGAUGUUGGAGGUCAUCCUGAAGAAGAGCGAAAUCCGGCUGGUUCAAGUUCUGCGUGAAUCGAAACUGUUCGGAACGCUGUUGUUCAUGAUUUUCAACACCAGGAUUAUGGAACUGUUGCAGCACGGAGCGGUAAAUCAGUUUUGGAUGAUGUAUCCGGCGAAGAUUCGGGAGGUGGAUCGGAACUCGGAGGAUAAUAGUCGCGUCAUGGGGCGGAUCUAUCCACGUGGGUAUAAGGCGUGCUCGCACGAUAGGUCCUGCGAUGCGUACAUUUUGGAUGGCAUCCUGAAAUACUCCUUCGCCGGAUUCACCAUCGAGUUCGCUCGGGCCGUGAUCUCCAAGUUCCCGCUGCUGUACAAACGCCCCGACCGCUUCCUGCCAGGAUUGGGCAAAAUCCUCAGCUUCAAGUUGAUGUUCUUCCUGGCCGCCUACAUCGCCAUCUACCGGAUGACGGGAUGUUUGCUGUGCCGCCAUCAUGGUCGCGACCGCCCCAUUCAUAACCGAAUCGCGGCGUUUUUGAGCGGAACGUCGUACUACAUCUACCCCAAGUACCAGGUGUUCACGUUGGCUUUUACGAAGUUCGUCGAGAUGUCCUACGAUCACUGGAUCAAAACGGCUAAGCAGCUUCCGGAAUGGGCCACCCGGCUCAACAAGAUCCCUUUCCUGCACCUGGCGUACAUGGUCGGUGUCGGCUACAUGUACCACGCGUUGACCUUCCAUGCACACCUCUCGCCCCCGUUCAACAACAAAGCGCUGAACUACUGCUCCGGCAAUCGUAUCGAAAACAUGAAGCGACGCAUCGUCGCCUUGAUGAUCGAGACGGAGUGGAAUAAGGUUUGAAGUAUGUAGAUGUAGAGGUAUGCAAAUCAGGCCGAGCCGACCGAAGCCGAAAGGGGAAGUGGGACAAACAAAAUAAUAAACUUAUGUUAUGAUGUACUAAAAGAUUGAACCGCGCGAAAACGACAAU